AUGGGCCAGUUGCUUUCCUUCGCGAUUCAUCCCUUCCGCACUCUACGAGAAAGUCGAAACGAGUACAGCGACGAGAAUAUUGACGACCAAAUCUACCAACUCUCGAUCUUUUUUAUUUGGGGAAUCUACACAGUCUUUCAUCGCUACCAAACGGCCAAAAAUAAGGCAGUGCCAUUCCAUGUCACUCCGCCCGAGGCAGCCAACCCCAACUGGACUGGCGAGCCAAUUCCGAACGCACAUCUCGAAUCACACAAAUAUCAUCAACAUCUACAACCACUGCACGAAGUACCCGGUGCAGAGUACAUCACAUGCUUCGAUCCGGCGACGGGUUUGCAUCUCGACACCGUCGUAGCGGACACGGGUGCGACCAUCCAGGAGAAGAUCGAGCGCGCGGGUCAUGCGCAGAAGCGGUGGGCGGAGAGCAGCUGGGCUGACCGCCGCCGCGUCGUGCGCAGCCUCAAAAAGUGGCUCGUUGAGAACUCCGAGCUCUGUGCUCGUGUCGCCGCUCGCGAUACGGGCAAGACGCUCGUUGACGGUGCGCUAGGGGAGGUUCUCACCACGUGCUCCAAAGCGGACUGGCUACUCCGCAACGGCCAACGGUAUCUCAAACCGGAGAACCGAGGGAACCCUUGGCUGCUCUCGUACAAACGCUCCCAGAUCUGGUAUCAGCCUCUGGGAGUCGUGAGCGCCAUCGUCUCGUGGAAUUACCCUCUACACAAUGCCUGGUCACCAAUUCUUGCUGCUCUCUUCUCUGGCAACGCCAUUGUCCUGAAAUGCUCCGAGCACGUCGUCUGGAGCACCACAUUCUUCGUCGAGAUCAUCAAAGAGUGCCUCCGCGCAUGCAACUUCGACCCCGACCUCGUCCAGCUCGUAUACUGCUAUCCCGACACCGCCGAAUUCCUUACGCGCUCGCCUUAUAUCAAACAUAUUACCUUCAUUGGCAGCGAGCGAGUUGGCAAGAUUAUCGCCGAGGCUGCAGUUCAGAAUCUCACACCCGUGACUCUUGAACUAGGUGGCAAGGAUCCUGCAAUUGUUCUCCCCGGCACCGACCUCGACAAGUGGUACAGUACGUGGAUGCGUGGCUUCUUUCAGAAUGCGGGUCAAAACUGUAUUGGCAUCGAGCGCCUCCUUGUUCACACCUCACAAUAUGAUGAGGUCUACCAGACCUUCCUUGAACGCGCACGCUCGCUGCGAGUCGGCGCGGCUUUGGCGGCGGAUGGUGUUGGCACUGGCGUUGAUAUGGGUUCUAUGGUGUCCGCCGCUCGUUUCCAACAUCUGGAGGACAUCAUCGACGAGGCAAGGCAGCAAGGCGCCAAGGUCGAACAGGGUGGUGCACGCUUGAGACAUCCGUAUCUCGAGAAUGGUGCUUACUUCGCGCCGACGGUCAUUGGCGAAGUCACUCUGGAUAUGAAGGUCGCGCAAGAAGAGUUGUUUGCGCCUGUUGCUCUGAUUAUGCCAUACGAAACCAUUGAGGAGGCGAUCGACAUUGCUAACGGCACUAGCUAUGCCCUCGGCGCGAGCGUAUUUGGCGCGAGCAAGUACCAAUGCCUCGACGUUGCGAAGCAGCUACACUGCGGUAUGGUGGCGAUCAACGAUUUUGGUGUAUUCUAUUUGAACCAAGAUCUUCCCUUUGGCGGCCUCAAGGGCAGCGGCUACGGGCGCUUCGGCGGGCCCGAGGGUCUCCGUUCGUUGACGAACCCUAAAGCUGUUGUAUACGACCGCUGGCCAUGGCUCUUCCAGACAUCGAUCCCGCGCCCGCUCGACUAUCCGAUCCGCUCACCUGGCCAAGCAUGGGACUUCGUCAGUGGCCUGAUCGGCCUAUUCUAUGCGGACAGCUGGCGGUCAAGCAUUAUCCACUUGCAACGUCUCUUGAACGCCACAUGA